GUGUGGCUGUAAAAAUGGUCGUGUUGGAAACUUGUUGGUCUCCAUGUAUUUGGAACAAUGAUGUAAAAACAAUGAAAUGGGUUGGAGGAUUAUUUAUUACAUACUUCCUCAUUUUGAUUAUAACCUCAAUUCUCAUUCACAAGGCAAUAAAAGAGAUGAUUCGUGGAUGGUUACUUCCAUGGUUAAUAACAAUGGGAAUUGGAAUAGCAUUUCAACUUGUAUUUGGUCUUUGGCUCCUGGGUGGUUAUUAUAUUUAUCUUCAAUCUGUAUUAGCAGCCUUGAUAGACUGGUUGUGGAUGUCAUACAAUAUAUACUGCUGGUUGUGUGUUUAUUCACAAUACCAGCUGUUUGAAAUUUGGCAAUCUCCAAAUAUUCAACUCAUCUAUUCCUAAAUGUACAAUUUUUAUUUAAAUAUCAGAAGCACUUACAAAAGUGUUGGAACUUGUACCCAGAAAUUAUAUCACACCCAUAAGGGAUGUCAGCAAUACUUCCGUCCAAUAUGUUUAUUAUAUAACAUAAUUACAUUCCGUCCACAUUGAGAAGCUUGUGGACUGCUGCAUUCAGUAGAUCUGAAAUUGUUGUAUUUAAUGCUUUUUAUAGAUAAUAUAUUUCUUACCUUUGAUACAUAUUAUAAUUUUGAUAUUAUAUGCUCAGUCUAUUUUGUAGAUAAGAAUAAUAGUUGAAAAGUACUGAACUGCACUCCACAUCAAAAAGUACAAUUUUUAUAUUUUAUUAAUUGUAUAGAUUAAUUGUUUGCAUAACUGGCUUCACUUGAUCAUAGAAAAUACAACGUAGAUUAAUGACUAAGUUGACUAUUAAACCAUAAUUCAUUCUAAAAGUUCUUUAUUAGAAAGCAAGUAGAUGUUCUACAUUUAUGAUUUGCUGCAUGCAGGUCUGAGGAAGAACGUAAAGCUUUAUUUACUUUGUUCUCAUCUCUGCAUGACUUGUUUCAUAUUAUGAGGAAUUGAUAAUGAUGAUUAUUAUUGUUAGUACUGUAAAGUAGUUAACAAGGCUAUGUUAAUGAUUUCACUUGAGUUUGUUGCAUCUGAUUUGUUUUUUGUCUGUCAGUUUUCAGAUUUAUAAAGUUCAAAAGAUUUUCUCUUAUUUACAAAUUAACCACAUAUUUAAAUAAUUUUCAUUUUUUGAGAAACAAUGGAUAAAGGAUAUUGUAAAUCCUAAAUGCAGUUAUUUUUCAUUCAUUUGAAGUACAUUAUAUUUGUUUUUCCAUUAACUAUCUGAAGAAAAUUAUGAUCAUUUGUUUUGAUCAUUUUUAAUUUAUUUUACUUUUCUUGUUCAUUCCUCUUUAUUUACUGCCAAUGGUCCCAUUUUGGAGAUGAAAGAACACCAUUUAGUUCUUCAAAUAUUAAGUCUUUUACAUCUAUUUGGUGUUAAUUAUUCUCUUUAGGGUAUUUGUCUAUCAUGCAAAAUAAGAUUGACGUUUCCAAAUUUUUCCGUAUAUAUCUUUUCAUCUUGUUAGUCGGUUCAAUUUGUUUUAUGUGAAUGACCGUAGUAUUCUGUACAUUUCAAAACAUUUAUAUUAAACUGAUCUCUGAUUAUAAUGAAAACAAAUAUAAUUGUCCAAUUUGCUCACCAAAUUAAAUGAACAGAAAGAGUCCAUACACUCUGUCAAAGGAUGUACAUUUUCUCGUCAAACUGCAACAAUGAACAAACGAUAAAUAAUAUAAUUUUGAAGGCCUGGAAGACCCAUCUAUUGUAAAUUAAAAACUUCGGAUUUGUAGGAAUGUGACUUAAUUAUAAUAUUUUUUGCAGUGAUAUAAAUUCAAAAGAGCACUAUAUUAUGUUUUUUGAAAAGCAACAUACAAAAUUCACAUAAUUGGUAAUAUCACUUCUGAUAUUUUACUGUAAAGUUCAUUGAUGUUUGGGCUUUUAUUUCCAUCUUGGAGAUGGUGUGUUGUUCUAAUUUCAUAAAAUUAAUAGAUCAUGUGUAAAAUCAGUUAUGCAAAUGUGUGUAUAUAUAUACAAUAAUGCAUGAUAUAUAUCAUGUGUUAUUGUAAGUAGUGUGUGAAGAUAACACUAAAGUGGUUACAUGAUGCAACAUAUUUUAUACAUAAUAAGAAGUUGAAAUGUCAUAUUGUUAAGCAUUUAAUGCUCUUAUCAACCUGUUUACCAAUAUGUUCAAAAUGAGUUCUGUGAAUAACUUAAAUUAUCCAAAGUUUUUCCUUUUGGUUUGUUGACAUUGAUUUUAGCAAUUUAUUUUCCUCUCUGGGCAGGAUUAAUGUUAAAGAGAUCUGCAACUGUGGCAGGCAAUGUAUGUGUUCAUUUGAUGACUUCUACUUUCCUUAUUCUGAAUAUUUUUCUUUAAUUAUAAUUCAUUGCAAUUUCUUGAAGUACAUCCAACUUACCAUUAUCAUUCAUCAGGUUAUUAACCCUACAGUAAGGUUGCCCGUAUAUUACGUAGGUUCUUAGCCAAACAUUUGUGAGGGGCCUCCAAUCUUUCUCAGGCCAAACAACUUUUUUUUAUUUAUCACAAAUAUUGUUUGUUUUUUUCACAAUCACUAGUAGAUAAAGAAGAAAACUUGAGAGAAGGAGAGUUAUUUUUCCCACCCCUAUAUGGGCUGCCCAAUGACCUGGCCUUCCAGACAUGCGGCAAGUCCAUGCCUUGAAAAAAGGAUAUAAAGACAAAGUAGACAGGGGUUGAAAAAAUCUAGGUAUAAAAGGAACCUGCAAAGAAAAAGCUUGGGAAUAUUAGGAAUAUUUUAAUGAAAAGCUAAUAAUAAGACCAAUUUUGUAACUCGCAUGUAGGAAAUUUGCAACUUACGGAAAUAAAUGAACGAGAUUAAAAAAUUAUACAUUGAUUAGAGUGACUUAAAGUACCUUCUACAGGAAAGUACUGAAAAAACUCAAUGCCAUUCGUUUUAAAAGGAAAGAAAAAUAAUUCCUGUGGACUGAGUGUCCAUGCAUGAUUACUGCAGGGUUACUCUGGCACAAUACAAAGUCCCAAGUGCAAUAAAUAAAAAUGUAAAAGAUCUAACUGGUGUCUACUUAUUGUUUGAAAGUUCUUGAUGCAGAAAAAUAAUGUCUAAAGAUCAUGAUGUAUUGUUAAAAGCUGUUUUUUAUUAAAUAUGAAAAUAAUAG